AUGGCGAAAGCAGAGAUCGAGCAAGAUGGUCAGGGAAAGAAGGCAAAGGCAGAACCAGCAUUUCGGUACACACGACUAGACGAGUGGCAUCCACCUUUGGAGACUUUGCUGGCUCAUGACGAGCUCGCUUGGGGAGAGGUAAAGAAUCCUGUGGCCGUUACACCAACCCCCAUCACACCCGCACUCGCACUCUUUCUUACAGUCCCCCCACUCGUAAUCGUGGCCUUGCCCAACUUGAUACUCUCCCUCCCACUAAACACUUUUGACCCGGUACCAAUCAUCCUUGGCUCUGUAGGCAACGGGUCCUUUUCGAUUGAGAUGAUGCUACGCGUCUUGGGUACCCCCGUGGGCCCUCUACUGCCG